GUCCCCCGUGCCCCCCAAAGCGUAAAAAUGGAGGAUAAAAACAGCUCGCGACGCCAAGAUGACAACGCGGCUCUUGUGGAGAGAAAUUCAGGCGACGCUGUCGCCAAAGCAAACAAGUUAACCCUUUACCACUGGACGCAGUCAUUCAAUUCACAGAAGUUGCGUCUGGCCAUCGCAGAGAAAGGUUUGCGUUGUGAAGAGUAUGACGUUAGCUUACCACUCAGCGAGCACAAUGAGCCUUGGUUCAUGCGUCUCAAUCCGACUGGCGAGGUGCCCGUUCUGGUUCACGGGGACAACGUCAUCUGCGACCCCACACAAAUCAUGGACUACCUCGAGCACAAUUUUACUGAUGCAUCAUCCUGAAGACUUAAGUGAAGGAAAUAAAUGUGAGGUCACUCCCAGGCUGAUACCAGAAGAGGGAAGCACAUACUACCACAGAGUGCAGCACUACAGAGAGCUGCUGGACUCGCUCCAGAUGGACGCCUACACGCAUGGCUGCAUCCUCCACCCUGAGAUCACCGUCGACUCCCACAUACCGGCUUAUGCUGCAACAAGCAUCCGAACGCAAAUCCUGAACACAGAGUCCGAGCUGAAGAAACUGGCAGAGGAGAACCCGGAGCUGAAAGAUGCUUACAUAGCGAAACAGAGGCGCUUGAAGUCCAAGUUGUUUGACCACGACAACAUGAAGUACCUGAAGAAGCUUCUGGAUGAACUGGAGAACGUGAUGGAUCAAGUUGAGACGGAGCUGCAGAGGAGGCAGGAAGAAACACCAGAGGAAAACAGUCAACCGUCGUGGCUGUGCGGCCAGUUCUUCAGCAUGGCCGACGUCUCGCUGGCCGUCACCCUGCACCGCCUCAGGUUUCUAGGCCUGUCCCGCCGCUACUGGGGCAACGGCAGUCGCGCCAACUUGGAGGCCUACUACGAGCGGGUGCUGGAGCGGCCGGCCUUCAGGAGAGUCCUGGGCCACGUCAACAACAUCCUGAUCUCGGCCGUGCUUCCGGUGGCCUUUCGCGUGGCCCGCAAGAACGCGCCGGUUAUUGCCGGCACUACACUGUUGAUCGGCCUUUUGGGCGGCGCCACAUACCUGGCCUUUCUUUACAUGAGGAGGCGGUUGACUCUGCCCAGUUGGGGAAGCUGGAGCUGAAUUUAAGGGAUGUCACAAAUCUUGCAUAGUUCAAAGUCAAAUCGUAUUUAUCUGUGAAAUAAUAUUUAAAACUGUUCCGUUAACAAGUUGUACUCUAAAUGAAUUUUAACCAUGUUGUAAAUUUAAUCCCAGCACAACUUGGAUUAAAAAGUAAAAUCACUUAUUAUUAUUUUCUCUCUUACUGUCAAUCAGAAUCAGCGAAAAUAUCUAUGGAGGAAGAAAUUGAGACGCACAGGCUGCCUUUGCAAGAGCAACAAAUGAUAUGCAUGUAUAUGUGACUCCACAAGGGAGCAGUGUUUUCUCAUCUAGCUUUGACGUUGAAGUUUUAGAAGAAAAAAAAUGUUGACGACCUAAA